AUGAUACUGAACUGCUCAUCUCUGAGCCUUCUAUUGAACUACUCCUCUGCCUCAUCCUCCUCCUCGUCCUGUCGUCUGCGGGAGCAGUUCAGUCUGAAUGGGAUGUACCAGAAGGGUGAUGUGAUUCUGGGAGGUCUGUUUGAGGUCCACUACUUCACUGUGUUCCCUGAGCUAUCUUUCACAUCAGAACCCCAGCAGCUCUACUGUGAGGGUUUUACCAGUUCUGGUUUCCAGCAGGCUCAGACUAUGGCGUUUGCUGUAGAUGAGAUCAACAGAGACCCUGACCUUCUGCCAAACAUCACGCUCGGAUACCAGCUCUACGACAACUGCCUGAAGCUGGGAGUAUCGCUCCGUGCUGCCAUGUCAUUGGCCAGUGGGACAGAGGAAGAGUUCCUAUUGGAUGAGACUUGUUCUGGGCCACCCCCGGUGCUAGGGAUUGUGGGAGACCCAGGGUCCACACACUCCAUCGCCAUCUCCAGUGUCCUAGGGCUGUUCCGGGUUCCCAUGGUGAGUCACUACUCCACUUGUUCCUGUCUGAGCAACCGGGGAAAAUACCCAUCCUUCUUCAGAACCAUCCCCAGUGACGCCUUCCAGGUGCGAGCCAUGAUCCAGAUCCUACGUCGGUUGGGUUGGACCUGGGUGGGCCUGGUGUUCAGUGAUGAUGACUACGGAGUUCAUGCUGCCCGGUCCUUCCAGUCAAGCCUGGCCGAGUCAGGGGGCUGUGUGGCCUAUUCCCAGGUGUUGCCUAAAGACAACCGCCCCACAGAGCUGCAGAGGAUCGUGGGAGAGAUCAAGAGCUCCUCUGCUCGUGUGGUGGUGGUGUUCUCCAAUGAGGCCUACCUGCUCCCUCUGGUGGACGAGGUGGUGGUGCAGAAUGUGAAGGGUCUCCAGUGGAUUGCCAGUGAAGCCUGGAGCACUUCCUCUGUGUUUCACACCCUCCGUCUCAUGCCAUACCUGGGGGGUACCCUGGGUAUCGCCAUCCGUCGUGGAGAGAUACCCGGACUCAGGGACUACCUGCUUAGCAUCCGCCCCGAUGACCAACCUGCCAAUAACCCCGGAAAAAAUAUGGGUAAGGUGAGACAGUUCUGGGAGGCUGUGUUUGGGUGCAGGUUGGAGCCCCCAGCAGGUUGGGUGGAGGCUGGGGGUGAUGUAUGUACAGGUCAGGAGGACCUGAGGGAUGUGGAGACUAACUAUGGGGAAGUGUCUGAGCUCAGGCCGGAGUAUAACGUGUAUAAGGCAGUGUACGCCCUGGCCCAUGCCCUGCAUGACCUACUGCAGUGUGUGCCAGAGAGAGGACCUUUCAGUGGGAACCGCUGUGCCAGCCUACAGAGAUUUGAGCCCUGGCAGCUGGUCCAUUACCUGGAGAGGGUUAACUUCACCACAGGGUUUGGCGAUCGCAUUUCUUUCGAUGAUAACGGGGACGCCCUGGCCAUCUAUGACAUCAUGAACUGGGCGUGGCUCCAGGACGGGAGCGUGCAGGUGGAGACUGUGGGUGUGAUCGACGAAUCAGCCCCCGCAGGACAAGAGCUGACACUGGACGAGGACAGAAUCUUCUGGAAUUUUGAGUCAAAAAAGCCCCCACGAUCAGUGUGCAGUGAGAGCUGUCCCCCAGGCACCCGUGUAGCCAGGAAGAAGGGGGAGCCUGUUUGCUGCUUCAACUGCAUCUCCUGUGCUGAGGGAGAGGUCAGCAACACAACAGACUCGGCCAAGUGCUCGAGAUGUCCAGAGGACUUCUGGUCCAGCCCGGAGCGUGAUCUCUGCGUACCUAAGGGGGUUGAGUUCCUCUCCUACCAGGAAUCACUGGGCAUCUCCUUGAUGACCGCCUCGUUGCUAGGAGCCCUCAUCUGUGCAGUGGUCCUCGGAAUCUUCACCCGCUACCGGAACACGCCUGUUGUCAAGGCCAACAACUCUGAGCUGAGCUUCCUGCUUCUGCUGUCACUCAAACUCUGCUUCCUGUGCUCGCUGCUGUUCAUUGGACGGCCCCGGCUGUGGACGUGUCAGCUGAGGCAUGCAGCAUUUGGUAUCAGCUUUGUUCUCUGUGUCUCCUGUAUACUGGUGAAGACAAUGGUGGUGCUGGCUGUGUUUAGGACCUCUAAGCCCGGGGGCAAUGCCAGCCUGAAGUGGUUUGGUGCUGGGCAGCAGAGAGGAACAGUCCUGGUUCUCACCUCAUUCCAGGCUGCUAUCUGCACAGCCUGGCUGGUUUCAGCCUCUCCAACUCCACACAAAAACACGCGCUACCAUAAUGAUAAGAUUGUAUAUGAGUGUGUGGUGGGGUCGGUAGCAGGGUUCGGAGCGUUGUUAGGCUACAUCGGCCUCCUGGCGUUCCUUAGCUUCUUCUUGGCUUUCCUGGCCAGGAAUCUUCCAGACAACUUCAACGAGGCCAAGUUCAUCACCUUCAGCAUGCUGAUCUUCUGUGCUGUGUGGAUCUCCUUCGUCCCUGCCUACGUCAGCUCUCCUGGGAUGUACGCAGACGCUGUGGAGAUAUUCGCCAUCUUAGCUUCCAGCUUUGGCCUCCUGGUGGCUCUGUUCGGCCCAAAGUGUUACAUCAUCCUGCUGAGGCCAGAGAGAAACACCAAGAAGGCUCUGAUGGGCCGGGCCACAACCAAAACAUAG